UCCGACCUGAACACCACUGACGUCAUGAUUUGACCUCUCUUUUUCCGUGUUCCCAGUUGUAUUGAAAGCACUAAAAGGAUGUCGUCAUUUCGCCGUGCAUAGAAAAAAAUUAAUGAGUAAAAAAAUCGGAAUUAAACAAGCCCAGCCAGCUCAGCCCAAACCGGCUUUUUUAUUUGGUGUUUCAUUAUUUUUCGGUCACCGGUGAAAGUAGGCGGAGAUGAGGGGACUCCUGCCUUUUUACAGAGUUCUGAACGCCCUGUGUAACCGACAAGUCAGGCGAAGAGCUGGAUUUGCCGGUUCUGAGUGCGGGUUUAGCGGAACCGUGUCUGUUAGCAAGCCACAGCCAUGCUUUGGCCUGCUGUUUGACAUCGAUGGCGUGCUUGUCCGGGGAAAGAUACCCAUCCCUGCUGCAAAAAAGGCCUUCCAAAAACUGGUCAACUCUCAGGGACAAUUUGUGGUACCAGUUGUUUUUGUCACCAACGCAGGGAAUUGUAUGCGGCAGAUGAAAGCAGACCAGCUCUCGCACAUCCUGGGAGUGCCUAUCACCAUGGACCAGGUGAUGAUGUCACACAGUCCACUGAGGAUGUUCAAGAAAUACCAUGACAAGUGUGUUCUGGUGUCAGGACAAGGGCCCGUCCUGGAUAUUGCCAAAAACUUGGGCUUCCAGAAUGUGGUCAGUAUCGACAUGUUGAGAGAAUCCUUUCCUCUGCUGGACAUGGUAGACCACAACAGACGGCCCAAACUGCCGUCCAGUCCUAUUGCCAACCUUCCCACAGUAGAAGCUGUUAUUCUGUUUGGGGAGCCCAUCCGAUGGGAGACCAACCUCCAGCUGAUAAUUGAUAUCCUGCUGACCAAUGGGAACCUGAGCGGAGCCCACCAGACCCAAAAGCUUCCCCACCUCCCCCUGCUGGCCUGCAACAUGGAUCUCAUGUGGAUGGCUGAGGCCCAGUCUCCACGCUUUGGUCAUGGAACAUUCCUGGUGUGCCUGGAGAACAUCUACAAGAAGAUAACGGGUAAAGAGGUGAAGUACAAAGCUCUGAUGGGAAAGCCCAGUGAACUGACCUACCACUUUGCUGAGUGCCUCAUCAGAGGCCAGGCUGUGGAGAGAAACUGGACACAGCCCAUCACCUCCCUCUAUGCUAUUGGGGAUAACCUGAUGACUGACAUCUAUGGGGCCAACCUCUACAGUUGUUACCUGGAGGAGAGGAACAGGAGGAAGAACUCCAAAGCUGUCGCCAAUAUGGCCACUGGCACGGGCUCUAGUGCAGCCCUUCCCCAGGACAACGACCACGUAGAGAACACCUGGGAGAGCGAGCUGGCACCCCCCUCCGCCACCUCCUGCAAGUCCAUCCUGGUGUGCACUGGGGUGUACAACCCCCACACGGAGGUGCCCACUUAUGCCAACAAGUGCAUCAAGGAGACUGUGUUUCACGGGCAUCGCGACUUGCGCUUUGACCCGGCGUUGGUAGAGCCCGGGCACAUCGUGCAGGAUGUGGCUGACGCCGUGGAGCUCAUCUUUGAGCAGGAGAAGUUUGUGCCUCAGUAAUGUUUUCAGGUUGGUGUCGUCAUGGAGACCUCCUUAGUAGAGGUCUCAGGUUUGCCUGUGCCGGCCAUAGAAUUAGAAUUGAUUAUAUUCAAAUUCUAUGGUUCUGGGUUAAAAAGGAGGGGGUUCCUAAAAAUUGAUACAGAGCAGACCCAACCAACUGAUCAAUAUCCAGUGUUGUGCAGAUUUGUUUUGUAUGAUACGAUGGACCAGAUUCCCUUAGUCCUUAACUGGGAAAUACCACUUACUGAGUUACGUUGGACAGUGUUUACAACUUGGCAGGGUAUUGAAGGAACUUAAUAGGUAAAGUACUGUAGUGAGAUUGAACUCUUAUUCAUUCUGUUGUAUUGUUCUAUAGUGGGCUUAAAACGAUUUAAGUUCUGCACAAUUACCCGCUUUUAAGUAAUGGCAAUUGAUUUUAAUGCAAGCCUUAUUUAAUAGUAUUAUGAAUAAGUAUUUUCUUAGUUGUGAUUAUGUACAAAGAUUAAUACCAUCUUUAAAAUUGUGAAUUUGAUUUAAUUGGUCUUAUGUAUCUUAAUGACUAUAAUAAGUUCAAAAUAUUUGUAUGAAUUCAUAUGUUUUCAAUUCCUUGUCAAACUGACCAUAUUACUGUCUACCAUAAGUUUUGUCUGUUACAUCUAUGCAUGCAUUUCAUAAGAUCGAUUUAAUGCAUUAUACUGUACUUAGCCCGGUUUCCCAAAAGCAUAUUAAGGCAAUUUCAUCGUUAGAACCAUAGAUGGUAGAUGGUUCUAAUAUUAAUUUUGCCUUAAGAUGCUUUUGGGAAACCGGGCCCUGUACUGUAAGAAUACCUAUUUGAUAUUUAGGGUGCAAUGCCGUCCUUCAACUGUGCUGUCUACAUUAUUUCGAGCAAUGUAAACCAUGUAACCUGUAUUUGCACAGAACAAAACGAUUCAUUCUCAUUUAAUGUUACCAUAUCUUGCCGAGCUACUAAACCUGCCCUUUGUUGUAAAUGUACCAUUUGUCGUAUGCGUUAGAACUUUGACCACAGAUGCAAAGACUGUAUCUAGCCACUUAUAUUUAUAUAGGAAUAUCAGAGAAGCUAUUUUAUCAUAGGUGUAUUAACCAUGCAUUUCAGUUGAUGCGUUACAUAUUUUAUAAGAUGUUGUCAAUAUUGCUUGUAUGAAUGAAAAUAGCGUAGCCUUAAAAAAACAAAAGAAAAAAGCUGGCUACCUGUUCUUCAGUGCUGAUGAUACAGCAUGGCUUUGUUUACAUGAAAACAAACGACUCCAUAGAAAAUUAAACAUGCUUAUCUUCUUGCCAUAUAUCCUACCAGUUUUCUUCUUACUGUCCUCAUGCACACAUCUUCAG